AUGAAACACAUGUGCAUAUGUGCAUAUGAAGCAUACGUGCAAAUGUGCAUAUGUGCAUAUGUGCAUCUGAAGCAUAUGUGCAUAUGUGCAUAUGAAGCAUAUGAAGCAUAUGAAGCUGCACAUCGCAUGUGGCAUAUGCUUGCAUAUGAAGCAUUUGCGCGCAUGUGCAUAUGA